AUAGACGACGGAAGAAGAGUUCCCGUCCCUCCCAAAUAUCAGCUAAUCCAAUCCGCUGGACGCCAUAUGGACAGCCAUUCUGUGCCGGCCAAGAGAAUCAUCUCUUUCACGCCCGAUGUCAACAGGUGGACGAGUUCCUUCCUACUUAGCCAGUGCUCCUCCUUCAACCUGACGCUUUUGACAUUCGUCGUCUUUGUCCUCUUCGUCGUAUUGUCUCCUCCUCCAUCGUCUAGUCUGGAACAUCUUCUCUCUCAUUCCUUUUAAGGAGGAUCUGUUUUUAACCAAUCGAUGGAAACGAGAGAAGCGAGUAAAAUGCAAAAGCCAAGGGGAAUCGGCGGAGCAGAGAGGAGGGUUUCAUCGAAAUGGAUCUUUUUAUUUUGCCUUGCGAGCUUCGGGCUCGGAAUGCUGUUCACGGAUAGGCUCUGGCCGAUUCCAGAUUCGAACAGGAAGUUCUUCACGCAGCGGUGGCAGGAGCAGGAGCUUCACGCCGUCUCCGAAGAUUGUUCAACUAAAACGAAACUUGGGCACGAUAAUGAUAUAAUGGGAGAGGUAACGAAGACCCAUGAAGCCAUACGAUCUUUGGAUAAGGCAAUAUCAUCACUUGAAAUGGAGUUGGCUGCGACAAGGAGCUCUCAUGAGCUGAUGGGUCUGGACGGUUCUCCUACCAUUGCAGGAUCCCAUCGGCAAAGGAAAAAGGCUUUCGUUGUUAUUGGGAUCAAUACUGCAUUUAGCAGUAGGAAGAGGCGUGAUUCUGUCAGAGAGACUUGGAUGCCUCAAGGGGAGAAGCUUCGACGAUUAGAACGCGAAAAUGGAAUUGUGAUCCGCUUUAUGAUUGGCCACAGUGCUAUAUCAGGCAGCAUUCUAGAUAGGGCAAUCAAUUCAGAAGAAGAACAACAUAAUGACUUUCUUAGGCUGGAUCAUGUAGAAGGAUAUCAUGAAUUAUCCGCGAAGACAAAGAUAUUCUUUUCUACAGCAGUUACUCAAUGGGACGCUGAAUUUUAUGUAAAGGUUGAUGAUGAUAUCCAUGUUAACUUAGGCAUGCUGGCUGCAACUCUUGCACGCCACAGGUCCAAACCCAGGGUGUACGUUGGUUGCAUGAAGUCUGGUCCAGUCCUUUCAAAUAAGAAUGUGAAGUACCAUGAGCCCGAGUAUUGGAAGUUUGGAGAAGAAGGGAACAAAUACUUCCGCCAUGCAACUGGUCAGAUCUACGCCAUCUCAAAAGAUCUGGCAACAUUCAUUUCUAUCAACCAACCUAUAUUACACAAAUAUGCAAAUGAGGACGUAUCUCUUGGUUCUUGGUUUAUUGGGCUGGAAGUUGAGCAUAUAGAUGACAGGAACAUGUGCUGUGGAACUCCACCAGGUGCAAUUUCGUUUCCUUUGAUUUGUAAUAUGUUGUCCUUAGCAAGUACCUUUUAUAGUUUUUGUCGGAAACCUUUCAUGAUCUUCUUGAAAAUUUGAGUUGUCCAACCAUA